AAACAGUUGUGUUCCCUGAGUGUAAGUAAACGAGAGCUACUUUGUUCUCUCGCGAUAUUUACGUAGUGGUCGCGGAACAGUAUGGCAGCCGUCUCGCUGAGGUCCUGCCGCAGAGGACUUUCAAAUAUAUUAAGUAAUGGAGGACUCGCAGCUUUGUCUUCAAAGCGGCUGGAAGCAGAUCGGAGACACAAAUCUACAGUUCAGUAUGCCUCUCGACCAGACCUCCCAAAGCUGGCCUACAGAAAAGUGAAGGGGAAAAGCCCAGGUGUGGUCUUCCUUCCAGGAUAUGGUUCCAACAUGAAUGGGCAGAAAGCCGAGGCACUGGAAGAGUUUUGUAGGUCAUUAGGGCACUCAUGCCUCAGGUUUGAUUACACAGGACAUGGGGCCUCAGAAGGGGUGUUAGCAGAAGGAACCAUUGGUACCUGGAAAAAAGAUGUCCUUUUUGUGUUGGAUGAGCUAGCGGAGGGCCCACAGAUACUGGUGGGCUCCAGUAUAGGCGGCUGGCUCAUGCUGUUGGCAGCCAUCGCAAGACCAGAGAAGACUGCUGCUCUGGUGGGCAUCUCUAGUGCUGCUGAUCACAUCGUCACAUCAUUCAAAUCUCUUCCACUGGAGACUCGUAAGGAGUUCGAGGAAAAGGGGGAAUGGGUGUUGCCCUCCAAACAUGCAGAGGAUGGUCUUUACAAGUUUAACAUGGACUUUCUGCGUGAGGCAGAAAAUCACUGUGUCCUUCAUAGUCCCAUUCCCAUCACCUGCCCCGUGCGGCUCAUUCAUGGGCUCAAAGAUGAGGACGUCCCCUGGCACAUCUCCAUGCAGGUGGCAGAACGUAUUCUCAGCCCUGAUGUGGAUGUCAUCCUCAGGCGACACGGUCAGCACCGCAUGUCUGAUAAGGAUGACAUCAAGCUUAUGGUCUACACUAUUGACGAUCUUAUAGACAAGCUGACCACUAUGGUCUGAGUAAUGGAUAGAGGAGAUGUUCUUAAGAGAAGAAAAGUGACUGGAAACUGGGAUGUCAACACUCAAGGAAAUUACCAAACAAAGGCAUGUUUCUCUGCCAAAUGUGACCUUCUGUCCACCUGUUUACCCUGUAUUUCCUCUGUCUGCAUUAUCAUGUCAAUAUGCCAUAGCAGAGCAAACGUUUUCAAAAAGGGGUUCCGCUGAUCGCUGCUCCCUAAUGUUUUCAGGUUACAUUUAUAUGUGCUUAGGAUUGUUGUUUCGAGUUUUACAUUGGUCAGCUGCUGUUAGGUCUGCCAUUGCUGCUGUCCCUCUGCUUGUUCUUACUGUUUUGGGCUGUUUUGGGUUUUUUUCCUCCUCUGUAAGUAGAUACAGUUUUCCUGUGCCUUUUUAAUCACUUUUCACCCUUUUUGGUCAAUAAAACCUCUGCACACUAGAGUGCAGGUCUGCAAGUCUGUGAAAGUACACACACAGUAGACACAAUUUUUUCGACUGCUGUAAAGUUUAUAUUAAAAUGUGGAAAGUACAUAGUACUAAAGUAUUGACAAUAUAGAAAAGGAGGCUCAAAUAUGAAAACAUUCAAAAGAAAUGUAUUAUUGGGGAGGGCGGCUAAUUACCCUUAUUUAGAAAUACCAAAGCAGUGUGUUACAGCACACAUUUAGUCUUAGGAAUUAUUCAGGCUGAUAAUGGAAAGCACUCGUGAAUGUCAGUUAUUCCAAUAAGUGCUUCUUUGACAUUACUACAUAUUACAUGCUAUAAUCCAUUGUGAUCUUUAAGCUUUGUGUUGGCAACACACUGUCUACAUAUUUCCAUAUUAGCCUCUUUUAUGAGGCACUAAAAGCAUAGACGUCUUGUGUUUGUGUAAACCACAAUUUUCAUCCCAUUUCUGUUUCAAUUUGGCUUGUUGAAAAGGGCAAAUUGCUACAGCACAUCACCCACUUUCUUCUUUUUGUUUAAACAUAUUUGUGUUUGGCAAUGACUGCUUAAGGGAUGCUUGGAAAAAUCUGUAUUGGUAUUUGACGGAUGUUUUGUUUAUGACUAGAAAUAUGUUGCAGUAUACACCCUUUAUUACAGUAUGGCAGAGCAAUUCACUUAAUUUGGCUGAAAGCAGAGUUAACAAACAGCAAUUGAGCAAUGCGGUAGGAGGUGGGGAAGGAAAACUUCAGACCUGAGGCACAUAGGGCAGCAUGGAUACCACAGGGUGAGCACUAUCAAUUCAUUAUAGACUUAACCUAUUGUGUGGGAGUCUUACCAAGCUAAAGUUAAAAAGGAAAAAGAGGUGUAUACCCCAUAUCACCAUCAUUACAGAACAGUUCACAGAGUGAUCUGUGGUUCAGAAACAUAACAGUUUGUAGAGUACAUGGCUUCUUGCCUUGUGUAUUUAUCAGGGUCGUAAACUACAAACAUAUGAGGUUUAUUUUUGUAGGGUGAACUUUCCGUUACAUGACACCCCAUACCUGCUGACCUUUAGUUGUGAGGCCUGCUCAAUGGAGCCAAUGGACUGUUGAUUAUUAACAUGUAAUUGUCCACAAGCUGCUCGAUGCUCAUUGAAGCAA